UAUGUGGACUAUGCGCAAGGAGUUCAACGAUCCGGAACCGUACGCGUGCGAUACAUCGUCGAACCUUGUCGAGCGGGACAAUCUUGCCAAUAUCGGUCGCGAGUGUCCUUCUAUUGAUUUGAAACCGACCAACGGAGAAGCUGUGUACCAGAAUGGCAAAAGCAGUGCACCACGACCGGCACGGAGACCAUCAGUGCAACUGCGCCAAAACGGCGACAGCGUCGCAAUCAUUGGAUGAACUAGAAUUUGAGCGAGGGAUUUGGACUGCUGCCAUUGAAAACGACGAAAGGAAACUAAGAGCAUUGAUCGACAAAGGACAUUUGAAUGACAAAGAUAAUUCAGGAUAUACGGCUCUGCAUUACGCUGCUCGAAACGGCCAUUUGCUGAUGUGCCGUAUUUUGCUAGAGAAUGGAUUGGGUGUGGAUGAGACAACACACGGUGGAGCGACAGCUCUACAUCGGGCCGCAAUGAUGGGUCAUGAGUCGAUAGUUAAACUGGUCCUGGCCUAUAAAGCCAAUCAUCUACUGCAGGACAGCGAUGGCAAAACGGCACUUCACCGGGCUGCGGAGAAAGGUCACGUCGGUGUCUGCACACUUUUAGUUCAUCAUGAUCCGGCGAGUGUUACGAUAUGCGAUGCCAAAGGAAGAAAACCACUGGAUACCAUUGACAAACUGUCACCAAAUUACUCGAAACUAAUGGCUCUUUCAGGUGUUUAGGAUAACGAGAUAACAAUUGUGAGGCCCAAGUUUAAGAUCAAAUCAGAAAGAAGAUUGGUCUUCCUAAAUCAAAUCAUUCAAAAAUCAGCAGUCAGUCAGUCUCAUUAUACAAGCAAUGAUGAAAUGCACAAGAAAAGCUUCGGUUGUAUCCCUAUUCAAAAUUUAUUAGCAUUAUCAACUAUUUAAAAACAAAUUGCAUGCAAUUCGACGUCUGCGUUGUGAUAGUUUUUCAGGGUUAUUUUGUAUUUAGGAAGAGUAUUUUAUGAAAUCAUGUCCUCUGAGCAAUGUGAGGAAUUUUACAGUUAACUAACUUCAUCUGCAGAUUUAUUUGCACUUUCUCGUAGGACCAGUCCAAGCUAUACUUUAGAAGCAUAGUGUAGCGUAUCAAAAUAGAAGCAUUGCUCUGACCCAAUGGCAGUAGUGAACACAAAUUCGAGCGUUAUUAAGUUGUUUGCUUGAAAAUAAAACAGAACUAGUGAGGAACCUUUGUUUAGCUGAAUAAAUGUAUGCACAUAUUUUAUUUGAUAUACAACUAAUUUUAUGAAUGUAAAAAUUAUUAGUGAAGCACUUUUGC